CAUGGCCUGCCACCUCUGCCCUCUCUCACCUGCCUCUCACCAUGUCACCACAAAACAUCAACCCGGAAUUGAGGGGCAUCGUCAGUUCACUCUUCUCCAAUCGCGCGUCUUCGCGUCCGAUGCUCGUCGAUUCUUGACUGCCUAUCCACCACCAUUGCCGCCUUGUUGUGAUAUCGCAGUAUAUGCACGUGUUGUCCUCGAAUGUCUAGCUCUCCUUCUCGUUUCUCUUAGGAUGCUCACCAUCCCCACCUCUUACCUCCCUCAGAUUCUCCCUCUCACUGGUUCCUCCCGCGCCUCGGCCCUGCAGCCCUGCAGCUAUUAGCUAUAUACCAUCUCGAUAGCCGAACCACCAGACUGGACUCUGCGAGCGCCAGCCAAUCAUGGCCGCGUCGAACCCGUUCGCCUUCAGACCGUACGCCGUCACACUCUGGACCACCGUCGUCUACCUCGCCCUCCUUAUUCCCUUGCUCAUCAUACACGAAGCCGUCCCCGCUCCUCCGAGCAACCCAGACCCAUACCCCGGCAUCAACCUGACCAAGUUGUGGUUCGACCUCACCGUCCUGUCUCGCGACUACCACCCAUUCAAUAGUCGGGCGAACGAUGACGUCCACGACUGGCUCCUGCACGAGUUGGAGAAGAUCGAGACACGCAACCGUGCCACUGACUCGAGCAUCGUCGUCUUUGCCGAUAACACGUCCAAUAUCACCACCACCCAGCCCGUCUUCGGGGCUUCGACGUCCGUCGGCACGUAUUUUGAAGGCACAAAUAUUCUGGUUUACAUUCGAGGGAAAGAUGACCCCCCUGGCCCGUGGUGGGAGGAUUCCGGUGCGCGUCCGGAUGGGAUUAUCGGGAAAGGUGGCGUCUUGAUGAAUGCCCACUACGACUCCGUGGCGUCUGGAUACGGAGCAACCGACGACGGCAUGGGCUGUGUGACCCUGUUGGCCCUGGUUGACUACUUUUCCCGCUCCGAUAAUCAACCUCAGCGUGGCAUCGUUGCCCUAUUCAACAACAACGAGGAAGACGGUCUGUGGGGCGCCCAAGCCUUCGCCAAUCAUCCUCUGCUCCCAUUCUGUCACACAUUUCUGAAUCUCGAAGGGGCUGGUGCCGGUGGUCGCGCUACCCUGUUCCGGUCAACUGACGCCGAAGUCACCAACGCGUAUAAGGGCAGUUCGGACCCAUUCGGAAGCGUCGUUUCGUCCGAUGCGUUCGGUCUGGGAGUGAUACGGAGCGGGACCGACUUCUCAGUCUUCAACGGGGUUUAUGGGCUGAGAGGACUAGACGUGGCCUUUUACCGCCCACGUGCCCGGUACCAUACCAAUCAAGAUGAUGCCGCACAUGCAUCGAGGGCCAGUUUGUGGCACAUGCUAUCCAACUCACUACAUACUGUGCAGGGCCUCUCCGGUGACACGGGCGACACCUUUAUUGGGGCUCGCCCCGACGGAGACGAGCAGAAGGUCCCGAAUGGUAGUGGCAGUGAUGGUGUCUGGUUUGACCUAUUCGGAAAGUCCUUCGCUCUCUUUGGCCUGCGGACAAUGUUUGCCUGGACUGUAACGAUGCUGGUUACUACCCCCCUGAUACUUUUCGCCCUGGCAUAUGCUCUUGUACGCAAUGACAAAUUCUACCUCUUCUCAGAAAAGCGGACUCCCCACGAUGAACUAUCCGACCUCGGUUCGGUGAAGCUUGGCGGUCGGAAGGGUAUUUUCAGGUUCCCCUUUGCCCUGAUCGUUGCUGGAGCGUUAGUCGUCGGGUGUGCGUACUUGAUCGCGAAAUUCAAUCCCCUGGUCGUUUACAGCAACGAGUAUACCGUGUGGGCGAUGAUGCUAUCUCUCUUCUACUUUGCUCUCUGGACCGUUAUGGCGGGAGCGAACUUCGCUCGACCGAGCGCUCUGCACCGAACUUACUCAAUCCUCUGGCUCUUUAUCAUUUCCUGGUCCGUUCUGGUAGCGAAUGCGGUAUUCGAAGACCGUUUCAGGAUUGCGGCUGGUUACCUUUUUGUGUUCCUUCACGCAGCUGUAUCUCUCGCUUCCAUCAUCUCCCUCUGCGAGUUGUUCGCACUCCCUACGAAGGAGUCCUAUUUACAGCAAGCAUACGAGGACCAAGAAACGAGGGAUCACAUCGGCGCUAUUCCGCACGUUGACAGUUUGAUCUCCCCAGCGCGCGACGAGCUUGACGCAGAUAUCGAUGGUGACGAUGAGGGAGAAGCCGAAUCUCACCUCGCGCCCACAGAAACAACUCCCCUUGUUGGUACCCGUGCCGGGAGCCAGCGUCAAACUACCUUUGCCACCACAUAUCGGCGCUCCAUAGCAUCGUUGAUAAACAGGUCUAAAUCUAGCGAGAACGAACAAGACCAGCCAUACGAAUACGAGCAGAAGUGGUCGGCCAACCUUCCGAGCUGGACCUGGAUCCCCCAGUUUCUCAUCCUAGGGCCGUUCCUCAUCAUCUUAAUUACCCAGAAUGGCCUGCUACUUGUCGCCUCCGUCUCGCAGACGGGCGUUGACGGAUCGAGUCUACUACUACCUUAUCUGUUGACGGCCUUUCUCAGCAUCCUUCUUUUCGUACCGGUCUCCCCGUUCGUGCACAGAGUCACCCAUCACAUCCCAACCCUAUUGCUGCUGGUGUUUGUUACCACGUUGGUGUACAACCUGGUUGCCUUCCCAUUCGCCGAGAACAGCAGGUACAAGAUAUAUUUCCAGCAAGUUAUCGACCUCGACACCGGGGUCUCUAAAGUAAACUAUGUUGGUUUGCAGGAAUACGUCGAGAGGACUGUCGCUGAGCUACCAUCCGCUGUAGGCAAAGACCUCGAGUGCUCCUCCGCGAACAGUCUUCGUUCCGGUUUAGCCACCUGCUUUUAUGAUGGCUCGGAUAUACUGCCCAACAUAACGAAGACAAAUCCAGGGCGAGAGUUUAGCAGCUGGUUGAAUUUCAACAUCACUCGAGUGCAGGGUGAAAACAGGGCCAUAUUUGAGAUAGACGCACAAGAUAGCAGAUCAUGCGCGAUUACAUUCAGCAGUCCUAUCUCAUCAUUCGUGGUCGACGGCAACCAACCCGAUGAGCGAUUCGGUACCAUGCCGGAAGAGGGUCUAGGUAGGAUCAAAUUGUAUCGGCGAGACUGGAUUACACCGUGGAAGGUUGACGUGCUGUGGAAAGCCGAGGCAGACGCCGUGACUAGGAUUAACGGCCGCGUUUUGUGCAGUUGGGACGACGUCAAUACUCCAGGGACGAUCCCGGCUUACGACGAGGGGAUCAAAUUCGCGCCCACGUGGGUGGCCCUUUCGAAAUUGACAACAGGCCUAUGCGAAGGAAGCAGGGCAUUCGAGACAUGAGCUGCGCUAAACUCAUCGCCACAUGUUACUCACGACUCUGCCACACGCGAAUACCUAACUCCCUUGGCCGACUAAUCGAAUGUUGGUUGGGCCCCAACAUUACAGACUAAAAUGCUGCCCGAAUCUUACCGUCGCCCAUUUUCUUCUUCGUAAAUGGGCUGGUACUGCUGCCGCUUUAACCCGUGCAGUAGGUGUACUUGGUAUAUUAACUGUGGCGUUAUUUGGAGCUUCAUUGUAAUACCCUGGUUCAAGUUGGCGCAAAUCUAAAAAUGGAACUAAGAUGAUAGGGUUUGUUUCUAGACCCAUUGUAUAUUUAGCAUCAACCAUGACUUGCAAUUAGGAAGUGAGACUAAUGAGUAUAUUUGACUGAAGAAAGUCUCUUCUACCCUGUGGUUAUAGCUUUGGUGUAAAGGUAUUAUCGCGGAAUAACUCUAC